UUAAAAUUCAAUAUCACUAUAGUUGGGAAAUGAUCAACAUAAUAAAAAGCGAGAAAUAUUUUUCUGUUAUAACAAAAAGAUUUGUCAUACGGUGAAUUUUGAAUUGAUGACUUCAUCUAGAUAUUCUUAAUUCUUAUCCAUUUCUUUUCCAAAACGAAAAUUCUACAAAUAAAAACAAAACAAAAAGAAAUCAAAUAAAAUAUCUUUCCCUUUCCUCUCAAUCCUAGAGAGAGAGAGAGAAACAGAGUAGAGAGAGAAGAGUCUGCCUUGGCGGUUGGAAUAAGCAGUUGCUAUCUAAACAUUGCUUCAUAAACAAAACCUCAGGUGUUAGAUUAGGCCAACGGUUCUCUUCCUCUCUUCCUCACCCUUUCUUUGUUUCUCUUCAAACGUAAGCAAACAAAACAAACCACAAACUUCAAAGAGUUUGUCUCUUAUAAAAUAUAUAAACAAUCCUUUUGUUAUGGUGUGAUUCUUGGUCGCCAUCUCUCGCCCAACUUCACCUUCCCUGACAUAAACACAACACCUUCCUAAUCUUUCUUUGUAAUCAUCUUUUUCUCUUGUUCCUGUCUUCUCAAUCUUCUCUCCUAUAUUAGAAACAUGAUCUCCCUCUAAAACCUAUUUCAUUUCAGACAAAAGCUUAUCUCUAUACUCAAAGCUUAGGCUACUAGAGGUACUUUCCUUUUGUGAAAUAGAUUCCUCCUUUUCGGGAAGUCGUGGAGUUCGUGUACGGAGCUGAGUUUUGCCUUUUUGGUGGUUGCAAAUAAGGUUUAAAUAAAAUAUUCAAGGCUUUGGAAAACUUCCAAUGGAUGAAUCAUCUUCCAAUAUUGUCUCCAUAACUAUUUCAUCAUCGUCUUCAUUGAGUACCACACCACCACGAAGUGACAACACUCAUGCGCCUGCCUCUGUUCAAGAGAGGUCCUUCUACUUAAGGUUUGCUAUGAGGGUAUCUAGAGCUAGAUGGUUUAUCUUCUUGAGAAGAGUGUUUCACUAUCAAAACGGAUCAAGAUCAGAUCUCGGCUCCAAUCCUUUCAACUCCACCACGUGGAUGAUGUCUGAGCUAAUAGCUCUGCUUGUUCAGCUUACCGUGAUUACACUCACACUAGCUAUCUCAAAAGAAGAGAGACCUGUUUGGCCAGUGAGGUUAUGGAUCAUAGGUUAUGAUGUGGGAUGUCUCCUCAGUCUCAUGCUAUUAUAUGGUCGGUUUCGCCAACUAAACCAAGGAAACUGGUUUGUCGAUAUUGAGCAGCAACACAGAGGCAGAGAUGAAACUAGGAGCUCCCAUUUGAUGAACAAGUGCAGAACGUCUCUAGAGCUGUUCUUUGCUAUUUGGUUUGUGGUUGGGAAUGUUUGGGUGUUUGAUUCUAGAUUCGGUUCUUUCAACCAUGCUCCAAAGCUUCACGUUCUCUGCGUCUGUCUUCUUUCUUGGAACGCUCUCUGCUACUCUUUUCCCUUUCUUCUCUUCCUAUUCCUCUGUUGCCUUGUGCCUCUCAUUAGUAGUCUCCUUGGAUACAACAUGAACAUGGGAUCUUCAGACAGAGGUGCAUCUGAUGACCAAAUCUCUAGUCUCCCUAGCUGGAAACACAAACGAGCCGACGACAAUGCUUCUGAUUCAGCUCCUAAAACUGAUGAUCCUGAGUGUUGUAUAUGUUUGGCAAAGUAUAAAGACAAGGAAGAAGUAAGGAAGCUUCCAUGUUCACAUAAGUUUCACCUUAAGUGUGUAGAUCAGUGGCUUCGUAUCAUCUCUUGUUGUCCUCUCUGCAAACAAGAUCUUUCCGGAUGAAAAAGCACAAAACCCUAAAGCAGACAAGAGCUCAUAAGAGACUCUGAUUUUAGUUCUAUAGUUUUUGGUUUGUUUGGUUUCUUCUCUCAAAGGUUUUUAUUUUUAUUUUUGGUUUGAAGCAAGUAGGUUACUUGUGUGAGUGAGUGUCAAAAGUUUUGUACAGAAAGAGCUCACCAGUAACCGUAAAGUACAUUGUGAGGAGAUACAAAUCACAAUGCCACAACAUUUAUAAAAAUAUUGAUAUAGUGUUUACACU